AUGGAGCGUCUACCGUGGCCAACCAAGCCGCUGGUGCACAAGGAAUCAAUCAUGCCGCUUAUCUCACUGGAUAGCUAUGGCGAGGCUGUCGAGUGGGCACUCAAGCACCUACAGGAGAGCCUAGAAAAAUUAGCCUCUGCUGGCCCGUCUCAGCCGACAUUUGACCAAAUCGCCGAUGUUCUGCAGCAAUAA